AUGACAGUAGAUAUUCAAUCUGGAAUCGAGUGUCACCAUAUUAAUAUUACCAUAUCAUUUUAUAGAUCGCAUCUGCAGGCUUUACAUAGCGACGAAACAUCUUACAAAUGUAUUCAUUGCAACGAAGUUUUGCACAAAGCAAAAGGUGUGAUUAACAUCGACCAAAUUUUGAAGCAUUUCCGUCUGCACGACUUAAACCUGUACAAGUGCAGCUACUGCAAAUUUUUGCACAACUUGAAGCACAAAGUCGACCGACACGUUUUAGAUAAGCACCCAAACAAUACACCCUUGGUAAUAAUCAUACGCGAGAUGGACCACGAACCCGAAGAGGCCACGCACCACCACCACCACGUCCAGGAGGACGUCAAGGAGGCGAAACCGUGGCGAUGCGGCAUGUGCAAGUAUCGCUGCAGCACGAAAACCGAAAUCGUCACUCACGCCCACAACAAACACGAACUGGACACCCAAUUCAAAUGUGCCUUAUGUCAGUAUAGGACCAGUACGAAGUCGAAUUUCGCCGACCACUUCCAAACGGAGCAUCCGGGUCGAAACGUGGACGUCAUCGACGCCUAUUACGAGGAGGAGGCGAUUCCCGCCUUGAAAAACAUCGCCGAGCUGAGCAUGUUCGACACGACGCCGAUAUGGCAGCGCGAGAAGACCAAGUUGAAGUACAUUCGCGGCAUUCCCAUCGUGGAGGAGACUAGCAAGCCGUCGAAAAAGUCGCCGCUUAAAUUCGAUGACAAGGCCGAAAUUAAGAAGAUCGCGACCACGCCGUCGAAAAAACCGAAAACUCUCAAGGAGAAGAAAUUGGAGCUGAUUAUUAAGGUGGGCGACGUUGAAGUAAUCGAAAUCGAAGACGACGACGUCCUAGUGAUUGACGAAAAGCCGAAGGUCUCCGAAAAGCAGCCGGUCCUCUCCGAGUCCGCUUCCCAAUCGGAUCAGGACAAGGUGGGCAGUUCCGGAUACACGCUUGAGGAUCUCAUGAGCAUGGACAUAACGACUUUGAAAAAUGCGAACUUGUCGUGCGCCUCUUACGGACCGUUUGGCGUGCCCCGCAAUCGACAGUACUUGUGCCCAAUUUGUAACUCAUUCAAAACCAAAAAAGAAGAAGACAUCAAGAACCAUCUUUAUAAGCAUCACGACUAUCACAAGUUCGUCUGUACAAUUUGUAAACUCACCGGCAUCAGUUACAAGUUCCUUAAGAGACACUCGGGACGCAAACAUCAGGGACUGCCCGAGGCGAUCUACCCUAUGACUCCCGCCCCGCUAAUCGAGGACUGGGUACGUAAGGUGCUCGCCGUCCAAUCUCGCAUAAUGGAGGAGAACGAGAGCAUGGCGACCGUCUCGAGUACGACCGUUCACGACGUGAUUAAAACCGAGGACUCGCCGAAGAGGCAGGUCACGACGGAAAUAAACGCCGCCGAUUCGUCGAGUACGUUGGGUAGAUCGAAAGUGAUCCAGCAGUGUCAGCAUUGUUCGUAUAGCUGCAGGGCGGCGAGCGAUAUGCGCAAGCACGAGCGACGCCAUUGGCUGCAGAAACCGUUGAGGUGCGGACAUUGCGACUUUGAAGGUGUCACAAACUACGAGAUAAUCCAACACGCGAAACGUGCACAUCCCAACAUGGAAUCGCUCAUCGUAACGAUGCCCACUCCGAGUACGCCAACGAUUAUGCCGAUCGCCCGCAAACGCAAGUAUCCAAAGAAUGAGGGCGCGAUAACGAGCAGUAGUGACGAAAUCGCGCCUAAAAUCACCAUACCCGAUUCCGACGAUUCAUUAUCGAAAAGCGAAGAUGGCGACGCCGAGGCGAAAAAGGGGGUUUUUAACUACCGGUGCGGACGCUGCAACGUCAUCGGUCACCUCGACGUUGUUAAGGCGCAUUUCAAAGCCGUUCAUCCCGAUGUAUUGUUCUCGGUGUUUCGGUAUCAGUGUAAAUAUUGCAAUCGGUACUUUAAAAACAUUGAUAAGGUUAGGACGCAUUAUAAGUACAGCCAUAAUGACUCGGUGGAGACCUGCUUUGACAUUAGCGAUCCACCAUCGGUCCUGAAAGAGUACACUUGCGAGUACUGUCAUAUUCAAUUUAAUCAACAGUCCGACUUAAUCGCUCAUCACAACAUGCUGCACUCCCACCUGAGGUUAACCAUACCACCGGAUCCAUCGGCGGAACCGACCACCUCAAAAAUCGUUAACGACAAACAAUUGUACAAGUGCUCUCAAGAGCUGUGCAAUUAUUUCUCGAGCACCUACGCCUCGAUGAGAGAUCACGUUCGUGUUCACGCAAAACCGGUCCAAUGCGGCUACUGCCCACAGCGUUUCAUCUAUCCAUCGUACGCGAAAACUCACCUGCGCAAGGACCAUCCAGACUUGGAACCUUCCUAUCACACUUCGACCACGGGAGCCACGCUAUACGCGGAACUGCGAAGCAACAUAUUAGUCUUAAACGAUAAGGGCGAAUACCAAAAAAUCAAGCUGAGAUCGCUCAAGAUGAAACUGAAAGAACCGCCGGCUAAAAAGGCGAAAUUAGGCGACGUUGCCCCCAAACAAACCGCGCGAAAGUCCACGACGCAAAUAAUCGUUCCUAAGAAGCCGACCGCCAGAAAAUCGACGACGUACAUUCCACUUCCCCCGCCUCCACCCUCGCCCCCGCCGCCGCCCGAACCCGGUUUCAGUUACUACGGUAACGCACCCGACAUGGCCGACGUCGACAACAUAAAAACCGUGCUCAUGGUCCAAGACUCGGUCAUGCGCAUGAAUUUUGACCAAGUGAGGAACAUAUUUGACAUCCUACCGACUGUCGAGGUUGAGGACUGCAAAUACGGCACGGACGAACUCUGACAUUGGCCAACCAACGAUAACUUAUCGACGUCGAGCGACAUUGAUAACGACAUCUUUCAGGAAUUGGAGAGUAUUGUGCCCACGAUCAGUGGCCUUUACAGUUUGCAAGACCACGAAUAUUGGUUCUAGUGAACCGGUGAUAAAUAUCAAUUGUAGACUGAUACUAAUGUUAAGACCCUUACUCAAAAGUGAUUCUCUGUGUUUUAACUUGAAUUGUAAGUACCUACCUUUAGUUUAAUUGUUGCAUUUAGUAUUAGUUUCGUUAAGAGAUUGCUGUUCUUUUUCGAUUUCCUAUUAUGUUUCCCUAGCCUUAUAUUUUUCUACUAGUUAUUAUUCCAAUAAAUGCAAACAAAAGA